AUUUAAAUUUGCAAUGCGUUACCCACCUCAACCUAAAUUCUGUUCAUCUCUGUGGUACUGUAGUGGAAGAGGAAAACUCUAGUAUAAAUAUCUAAAUACAUAGGCACAUACUUUCAAAACUAAAUUUAUGGCUAAAUAACACCAGAGGCAUAAAAAUGCAUUUUUGUUAUUUUGGUGAACUGACUCUUUAAAAUAUGUUCAUGUGUGGUGUCUACAGGCCCAGGAAUCUGAGACACAUCCCAAAUAAUCAGAACAUUUCUCUCCUAGCUAGCCACUAUUAUAUCAAGGCAAAAUUACCAAAAAUACACCAACGUCUAAGUUUAUUUAUUUGCUCGAUUUUGUCUCCUAUUGCCAGAUUCUUUUUUUUUAAUUAUGUUUUUAUUAUGUUCAUGCCUGGAUCUUUCCUUCAGUCUCUUUGUCCAGAAUUGUAUUCUUAUUCUUUCCCACCUCUGUCUGUGUCUCUCUUCUCUGUCUGUUUGGGUCUCUCUUUCUGAAUGCAUUGUGAUUAUGCCGUAUGAGUCUUCCCUCUAAAGGGAGUUAUUGUCACGGACCUUGGGGAAAUGAGAGUUGAGGAUAUUACUCUGUGUGUUUGUGUGUGUGUGUGUGUGUGUGUGUGUAUGUGUGUGUUUCACCUCAGAAACAUUCUGAUGAUCCUGGCCAAGGAUGUAAGCCGUGUGAAAAAUAGAACCUAUUUGAAUGCCGACUCAAAUACAUUUGCUCUUACUGAGCUGCUGUGCUUCACAGACGCUUUGAGAGACUUUUGCUAGAAAGUGCCCUCUUCAGAUAGGAUGGUAAAGAAUUCAUUGAGUUAAUUUCACUCACACUCAUUUAUUUCUCCAUCUGUCUCAGGCGUCUGCACUCCAACAAUCUCCACUGUGACUGUCACCUGUCCUGGCUCUCUGAUUGGCUCAGAGCCAGACGGGGCUUGGCUCCCUUCACCCAGUGCAUGGCCCCCGCCCACAUGAGAGGCCUCAACGUCCCAGAUGUGCAGAAGAAGGAUUUUGUCUGCAAUGGUCCAGCACAGACGGAGCCGAGGACUUGCCUUCCUCAGGUUGCCGUGUGUCCACCCAGCUGCAGCUGUAACAACAACAUAGUGGACUGUCGUCGUAAAGCCCUCACUGAAAUACCAGCCAACCUCCCUGAGAGCAUCGUGGAGAUUCGCUUGGAGCAGAACUUGAUUAAAAGUGUCCCAGCAGGAGCCUUUUCUUCCUACAAGAAGCUGAAGAGGAUUGACUUGAGUAAGAACCAGAUUUCUGACAUUGCCGACGAUGCUUUCAGUGGCCUCCGCUCACUCACCUCACUGUAAGUAUGACACGUGUACAUGCCAACACACACACAUAUCCAGACAGGAAAGUAAUUGCAUUUCCAGACAUUUAGAAAAUAAAAAUAUUGUCGCUGCGGAUGUUGACAACCGGACCACAGAGCUGCGGAGCGUGCGUAAGCGCUGUAUGUGGGUCUUUGUAUUUGCUUGUGUGUGCGUGUAAUUGUGCG